GGGUGGGGCUAGCUGCCCAGCAUACAGUCAGCAAAACAAUUAAUUAAUGCAGUCUGUGAUCAAGUGUACUACUGCUAGCAGGUAUACACUUAGCUUUCUCAGACUGACAACAACAUUAGGUGGAGGCUCAAGGCUUGGUCUCUCAGUGUGUACAGCUAGAACUGGAGGAACAAUGGCCAACAACAAAGUCCAAGUCAAUGUGGAUGUGACCUCAGAUGUAGUGUGCCCAUGGUGCUGGAUAGGUAAGAGAAGUCUGGACACAGCAAUGGACCACCUCAAAGAUGACUUCGAGUUCAAUGUUCACUGGAAACCGUUUCUCCUCAAUCCAGUCAUGCCUGAAGAAGGCGUCCCAGCCAUGGACUAUUUCAGACUAAAGUUUGGAGAGGAAGCUGCUCAGAGAUUUGUAUCAGGAAACUCUCCAGUUACGCUGCGAGGAAAAGAGCUGGGAAUAAACUUCAAUCCUAAUCGACUGGUGAUUCCCACAAAAAAGCCACACAUGAUCCUCGAUUUUGCUGGCAAACAUGGCAAGCAGCAUGAGAUGCAGGAGGUGCUGUUCCGGGCUUACUUUUCCGAGGGUAGGAACGUGUCUUCUGAUGAGAUCCUCAAAGAACUGGUGGAGGAAGUUGGUUUGGAUUCUGGUAAAGCAUUAGCUGCCUUGAGAGACAGUGGAUAUGUGAGCGGGUUUGAGAAAGGAGUUAAAGAGUCAUCAGCAAAAGGUGUCACUGGAGUCCCAUUUUUUGAGAUUAGCCUCAAAGAUAAACCCAACAGUCAACAGCAGUUCUCUGGAGGUCAACCUGUCGACACAUUUAUCAAAGUAUUCAGUCGUCUCAAAACUCUCUCCAAAGUGUGACCACAAAAUUAGAGUCAUAAAACAAAAACAAUAACAGUGAACCUAAAAAUAAUAUUAUAUGUUUUAAAUGUUUUUUAUACACUUUAUAAUUAUGUGAAUGUUAUGUGAAUGAUUUAUGUGUUCGUGUUC